AUGGCCAGAGCCCCAGUGGCCACAGCUGCAGACUCCCCAGAGACAAGAGCCCCAGAGGCCACAGCAGCAGACUCCCCAGAGACCAGAGCCCCAGAGGCCACAGCUGCAGACUCACCAGAGGUCAGAGCCCCAGAGGCCACAGCUGCAGACUCACCAGAGGUCAGAGCCCCAGGGACCACAACUACAGACUCUCCAGAGACCAGAGCCCCAGAGGCCACAGCUGCAGACUCCCCAGAGGCCACAGCUGCAGACUCAGAGACCAGAGCCCCAGAGGCCACAGCUGCAGACUUCUCAGAGACCAGAGCCCCAGAGGCCACAGCUGCAGACUUCUCAGAGACCAGAGCCCCAGAGGCCACAACAGCAGACUCCCCAGAGACCAGAUCCCCAGAGGCCACAGCAGCAGACCCCUCAGAGACAAGAGCCCCAGGGGCCACAGCUGCAGACUCCCCUGAGACCAGUGCACCAGGGGCCACAGCUACAGACUCCUCAGAGGCCACAGCUGCAGACUCCUCAGAGGCCAGAGCCCCAGUGGCCACAGCUGCAGACUCCCCAGAGGCCACAGCAGCAGACUCCUCAGAGGCCAGAUCACCAGGGGCCACAGCUACAGACUCCCCAGAGACCAGAGUCCCAGGGGCCACAGCUACAGACUCCUCAGAGGCCACAGCUACAGACUCCCCAGAGACCAGAGUCCCAGUGGCCACAGCUGCAGACUCCUCAGAGGCCACAGCAGCAGACUCCUCAGAGGCCAGAUCACCAGGGGCCACAGCUACAGACUCCCCAGAGACCAGAGUCCCAGUGGCCACAGCUGCAGACUCCUCAGAGGCCAGAGCCCCAGUGGCCACAGCUGCAGACUCCCCAGAGGCCACAGCAGCAGACUCCUCAGAGACCAGAGUCCCAGUGGCCACAGCAACAGACUCCCCAGAGACCAGAGUCCCAGUGGCCACAGCAACAGACUCCCCAGAGACCAGAGUCCCAGUGGCCACAGCAACAGACUCCCCAGAGACCAGAGUCCCAGAGGCCACAGCAACAGACUCCCCAGAGACCACAGCAACAGACUCCCCAGAGACCAGAGUCCCAGUGGCCACAGCAACAGACUCCCCAGAGACCAGAGUCCCAGUGGCCACAGCAACAGACUCCCCAGAGACCAGAGUCCCAGUGGCCACAGCAACAGACUCCCCAGAGACCAGAGUCCCAGGGACCACAGCAACAGACUCCCCAGAGACCAGAGUCCCAGUGGCCACAGCAACAGACUCCUCAGAGACCACAGCAACAGACUCCCCAGAGACCAGAGUCCCAGUGGCCACAGCAACAGACUCCUCAGAGACCACAGCAACAGACUCCCCAGAGACCAGAAGACCAGAGUCCCAGAGGCCACAGCAACAGACUCCCCAGAGACCAGAGUCCCAGUGGCCACAGCAACAGACUCCUCAGAGGCCAGUGAUCCAGGGGCCACAGCAACAGACUCCUCAGAGGCCAGAGUCCCAGUGGCCACAGCAACAGACUCCCCAGAGACCAGAGUCCCAGUGGCCACAGCAACAGACUCCCCAGAGACCAGAGUCCCAGUGGCCACAGCAACAGACUCCCCAGCGGCCAGAGUCCCAGUGGCCACAGCAACAGACUCCUCAGAGGCCAACUCCUCAGAGGCCAGUGAUCCAGGGGCCACAGCAACAGACUCCCCAGCGGCCAGAGUCCCAGUGGCCACAGCAACAGACUCCCCAGCGGCCAGAGUCCCAGUGGCCAGCAGUAACCCAAACUCCAGAUCAGAGAUGUCAAGUACCGGUUCGGGAUAUAGUGCAAUGUGGAACCCCAGAUAUUACUCCAUCUCAAUGUCAGGCUAUCUACUGCUGCUUCAAUGGACAGCAGUGCUACUAUGGGAAGGCAGUGACUGUGCAGUGUACCAGGGAUGCUCAGUUUGUGGUGGUGGUGGCCAGGGAUUCCACUUGGCCCAAAAUAGACAUUAAUUCCAUCAGUCUGUUGGGGGGAAAUGACCGCCCCUGCAGUCCUGUUGGCAUCACUUCAGCCUUCGCCAUAUACCAGUUCCCUGUCACUGCCUGUGGCACCACUAUAAAGGAGGAAAGUGGUUAUGUGGUUUAUGAGAACAGGAUGGCAUCUUCCUUUAACGUGGGGGUGGGACCUCGAGGCUCUAUCACCAGGGACAGCCAUUUUGAGCUGCUGUUCCAGUGUAAGUACUCUGCCACUGCAGUGGAGGCUCUGGUUACUGAGGUGAACACCGUUCCUGCACCCGCUCCUGUUGCUGCUCCUGGACCCCUCAGAGUGGAACUGAGACUGGCCAAAGGAACAUGUGACACCAAGGGGUGUCAUGACGAGUCGAGAUCCUUCACAUUGUAUUACACCGAGGAAGACUACCCCAUCACUAAAGUCUUGAGGCAGCCUGUGAACGUUGAGGUUCGCAUCCUGGAGAGGAAGGAUCCCAACCUUUUCCUGAUGCUGGAGCACUGCUGGACCACCUCUGACCCCAGCCCUGCCAGCAUGCCCCAGUGGGAUCUCAUCAUUGAAGAUUGUUCCUACUCCAAUGAUAAUUACCUGACCACCAUGGUCCCUGUGGAACGUUCCUCUGGCCUUCUGUACCCCAACCACUACAAACGCUUUACCCUCGAGAUGUUCACCUUUGUGGAUCACACUCUGUCUCCCCAGAAAGAGCGGAUUUUCAUCCACUGUAGUACCUCUGUGUGCUACCCUACUCCAGGGGUCUCCUGUGAACCGAAAUGCAACAGGCAAAGGAGAGAUGUUGCUGCUGCUCAGAGGAAGACUAUACAGACUGCUGUGGUCUCCAGUGGAGAAGUGAUCCUGGUUGACAAAAAGCCUGUCUCCCCUUCAGACCACUAAUUCAACCAGCUACCGUUUGUAAUGGGGUAUGAAAUAAUGUACUCUGUACUUCCAUACCGGCAUUUUUCUUGACGAUACUUUCUUUGUUCUUGAUUUGGAAAAAACUUGUCUCUUAUAAACGUCAGUGUCCAGUUGCUGGUGGUAUUCCAAAAAUCGGAGAAUAUUCAGAAACAUAUUAAAUCCACUUUUUGCACAGAGUGAGAGGUGGCCUCCCGAUUUUAGCUGCCAGACAUCUUGCAUUUCCCAACAUCUUUGCAGGAACUAGUCGUUUCUAUGCGACGUGGCCACGGCUGACAGCAUGUCACACAGUGCGUCCAAAACAAAGAUCUAUACACGUGCAAGAGGCGUUUCUCAAUCUAUGCAAAACGUGAAUAUAAUAAUUUUCUGAAUAUUCUCUCUUUUUUUUAGCUCCACUUGCAACUAGACACAGAAGUGCGCUACUCCAGGCAUUUCCUACAUAAACACUGGAACAUUUCAAACAAAUAACGAAGAAAGUAUCACCAAGUAAAGGUUCGUUGGAAAUAUCCCGAUUACAGCAAGACAGCAGCUCAGACACAAACUUUAACUCUAUAUGGCUAUAAUACAACAUGGGCUCCUGAUUUUGCUACGUAUUUAUUGUUUCUAAUAAACAGUUGUAC